CAAUCUUACACCAUGAUUAUUGCCGGAAGUCCGUCGACAUUAAAAGAGGCCAGUUGACCCCUCCAUGGCCCUUCCCUUGCGCGUUCGGAGAUAUAAGGAGGCUAUACUUGCUCGCUCUUUGCUCUUGACCCCGCUUCCCCCAUUUUCCGUUUUAUCCGAUUCCCAUCCCAUCUCCUAGGGUUUCUGCUUCUGCUCGGGCUCUUCUUCUCCUUCUUGUUGCUUAUCUUAACAGCUCCCUCCUCCCUGCCUGAGGAUUGACAUACUUACGAGUCCCCGUGGCCGCAUCCUCUCGGUCCCCAACAGGAGCGGAGUCUUACAGUAUGGCCGUCAUCAACCAAAACAACAACAACAAUAACAACCAGGUGCCUCCUGCACCUCCAACCCACCAUCCACCUAUGCGCCCGAAUGAGGGCGUUCGUGUGGCGCAAGCGGGCUCACCACGUCCCAUGAACUCGGAGUAUUUGGUCCAUCAGAUGCAUCGGCUCAAUGUUCAACCGGAGAAGCCCCAGGCUGUCAACAAUCCGAAGCCCAAGGAGACCACUGUCGUGGAGGAGAUUGAUGCUCGUGCUCCCUUCUACUACCUGGGGUACACCUUCUUCAAGGCCGAUGCCGUGCCCGGGCACAAGUCCACCUGGAACCACGUGGAGCGGACCAAGAUGAACCUCAGCCAGUCCGAUCUGAUGAAGCUGGUGCACAAGCGAACCAAGAAGAUCCCCAUUGCGGAGCAAUACCAGUCCCUGUCCAAGGUCAAGCGUGCGCAUGUGGAUCAGCUGAUCAGCGAACUUAGGAAGAGUGAUCCCCAUUUUGAAUGGACCUGCGUCUAUGUCAAGGAGGACGAGAAGCCAUUCAAGGGUAAGAAUUCCCGGCGGGGUGACUAUGAGACGCUCUCCGUGAACGUCGUCAUUAUGAGAAAGGCUACAGAUCUGGUGUUUCCCAAGAUACCUGUCGACGACCAUGUGGAUGUGGAGGCCCUUCCUAAGCCCCAGGACCGGGUGCCAACAACUCACGUGCACAACAAUCCAUCCGACUCGGGACCAAAGGGAAUGCCUAGGAGCAUGCAGCCCAGUGAGCCACUGGUCGGUCCUACUAUCCAUCAGGGGCCAAUGCCACCGGCCUUGAACCAUAACCAGCAGCCUCUGCCUACGAGGUUCCAUCAAUCACCUCCCCAUCAGUCACCUUCCCAUCAGCCGCCUCCCCAGCUUCCUCAAGGAUAUCCGGGACCAAGACCACAUAUGGCCCAAGGGCCUUGGCCGUGGGUGCACGGGAUGCCAGCUGCUAUGCAGCCCCAUCACGCUCAACCAGGCAUGCCUGUCUCUACGAUGCCUGCGACUGCUAUGCCCGAUUCUGCAAUGCCUGCUCCUGUCAUGCCCGGUGCUGCGAUGUCUGGCCAAGCCACAGUUCCGCACAUGGUGGCUCAACCGAAUGGGCUGCGAGGCGUCCACAUGGCGGCUGGGAUGUUCCACCAACGGCAAGGAUUUGAUCCCCGCGCCCAUUUCUCCGGCCAGCAAGAGACCCAUCCUUCUGACAAAGCCCCUGCUCCUACCACUCCCCCCGCUCCUCCGGAGACUAAGCCCGAGAACGUCAGGCCCUCAACCCCAGCGGCAGAUCCCGAGCUGGAACUGGGACUAGAGUCGAGUAGUGUGGGGGACGAUGAAUCCGUGUUCGACUUUGACGACGACAGCUCCAUCACCGAUAGCUCCGAUGAAGAGCCGGAACUGGAAGAUAAACCCCAGCCGUGGCGCGGCAGUCUAUAUCGUCGACACUCUGCUCCACGAGCUAAGCAUGCGUACCGCACCCAUUAUCGGAAGCAGCCCCAGAAGAACGGAUCGGACAGCAAGGCCAGCCGGUCAGGGUAUCCCAAUGGCUGCAUUGACGUGGUGCCUGCUGACAGUAAGCAUGUCGACCCACGCAACGAGGGUGUAGUUAGUGCUGGCGGUGGUGGUGGUGGAAGUGGUCCCAGUCAAGAAGUGAGCCGGCCGGCGCGGGACCGGCCCAAGAUCAUCCAUGCGCCAGUUAGUACGGACGAGUUGGAUUUGGAGCAACUUUUGGCCGAGAGGGCAGAGCGGUUCCGAGGGGGGCGGGCCCGGAACGAUAUUCGGGCGCGAAUACUGGAUGAUCGUGAGGCCCGAUUGGAGCAUCGCGAGCGGAUGGUGGUAUACCGCGCCCGCGUGCUGGAGGAACGGGAACGCUUGGACGAUGCAUGUUACCUCGGACGACGCAUGUCCCUGCGCGAGCCGGGCACCUUCUAUGGUCCUCGACGAUAUUACCUCCCGGAGGGGCUUCAAUGAUGGUGCAGGGGUCCUUGGGGGUUAGCUACAUAGUACUAGUCCGAUUAGGGAGGAAAGAGGGGGGGAAUGGAAGGGGAAUCGCUUCAUUGUUUUUCCCUGGGAGAGUCAGUUUACCAGUGGAUUUUCGGGUAUUUGCAUUUUGGGAUCGGGUGAAGGAGGGAUCGAAGUGGGUAUCUCAUAACGUCAUGGGGGGGAAAGACAAAAGUUCCAUCGGAAGCUGCAGUUCAACCGCGCACACACAGACACACACACACACACCCUGAAGAUUAUUAUCUCUCAUCCUUGUGCAAUAGCAAUGUUAUAAUAUAGGGGGUUUGUCACGCGCCAAGUUACCCAUUCCCAAAGGACACACCGAGUAGAUGCUUCGUUAUAUAGACUAGUAGAAGAUGAGUAGAGAGA